CCAAAACCCGCGAGAGUUCCCCCAGCUUUUCGAACUCUCGCGGCUGUCCAAGAAGACGUGAGAAGCGUUGGACUAAUCGAAAUAAGGGGAUAUUUACUUUUAUGAAUCGAGUUAUAACAUAAAAAACAGAAGCGGGAGGUGAAACGGUGUGCUCCGGGGAUCUAAGAUGUCUGACAGCGACGACAGCGACUUCUCUGACAACCAGAGCGAGCGCAGCAGCGAUGGAGAGGCCGAGGAAGUGGAGAAUGAGGAGGAGACGGGCAGCCCCGUGGGCAGCGACAAGGUAGCGGAGGAGGAGGGCGAGGACCUGGAGGACGAGGAGGAGUACGAUGAAGAGGAGGAGGAGGACGAUGAGGACCGGCCCAGGAAGAAGCCCCGGCACGGAGGGUUCAUCCUGGACGAAGCCGGUACCAAAACCACGUCCGCUUGCCUCUUUAACCGAGACCCCGUUCGUUUAGAGCCCGGCCGAGACUCCAGGGAGGAGGCGCUGGGUGAAUACUACAUGAGGAAAUACGCCAAGUCCUCGGGAGGCGAGCAUUACUCCGGAGGGUCCGAGGAGCUCUCUGAUGACAUCACCCAGCAGCAGCUGCUCCCCGGGGUCAAGGAUCCCAAUCUGUGGACGGUCAAGUGUCGGAUUGGCGAGGAGAGGGUGACGGCCAUCGCCCUGAUGAGGAAGUUCAUCGCCUACCAGUUCACCGACACAGUAAGAGACCCGCUGGAGUUCCCGGCCCACGAGCUGAGGAAGUAUUUCCGGAUGGGCGACCACGUGAAGGUGAUCGCCGGGCGCUACGAGGGCGACACCGGCCUCAUCGUCCGGGUGGAGGAGAACUUCGUCAUCCUCUUCUCCGACCUCACCAUGCACGAGGUCGAUUCCCUCGGGCUGGUCCUCGAACUUCUCCAGCUCGGACAGCGUGGGCUUCACCCCGUCUGUGAUCUGUCAGGAAGCACAGACACGCUGCUGAGGACCACAGGGGCCGGGGCAGCCUGCCAGCGUGCAGGUGUGUGCCGGUACCUGAGCGAUGUCGUCCUUGUACAGGCCUCUCUUGAGCCGGACCCAGGACUUGGGCUUGAGGUUGGUGACCUCCUUGACGACCUUGAGGACGUCGGUCAUCUCCUUGAUGGGGACCAUCUGCUGGUUCCACAGGCCCAUCCGCAGGUUGCCGAUGCCUUCGAUGGCCGACUUCACGUGCGUCUGCUUGUACGACUCCACGUAGAUGUAACCUUUGACGUGGUCCGGGGUCUUGUUCCCCCGCAGGGCCGCGAGGGGGAGAUCCGCCACCUGUUCCGAGGCUUCGCCUUCCUCCACUGUAAGAAGCUGGUGGAGAACGGAGGCAUGUUCGUCUGCAAGACCCGGCACCUGGUGUUGGCCGGCGGAUCCAAGCCCCGAGACGUGACCAACUUCACCGUGGGAGGGUUCGCUCCGAUGAGCCCUCGCAUCAGCAGUCCCAUGCACCACGGGGGAGGAAGUUCUCCCCAGAGAGGAGGUGGAGGAGGAGGAGGAGGUGGAGGAGGAGGAAUGGGGCGGGGCCGAGGACGCAGAGACAACGAGCUGAUUGGUCAGACCGUCCGCAUCUCGCAGGGUCCUUACAAAGGUAAGACCAGCAUCUCGCAGGGUUCUUACAAAGUCUCCAGGAAUGAAGAGGAGUACGACUUUGGCUACGACGACGAGCCCUCCCCGUCCCCCCAGGGCUACGGGGGGACCCCCAACCCCCAGACGCCAGGUUACCCAGAAGUCCCCUCUCCGCAGGUCAACCCCCAGUACAACCCCCAGACGCCUGGCACGCCUGCCAUGUGA